CACUUGCAUAUAUAAUAGUAUAUAUAUUCAUUUCAAUCCUACGUAAUUUAUAGGGUUUCCUUUUUUUGUUUUCUGGUUAAUCUUGCGAAGAUAAUAGCAAUAAUCUGUUAGUAUUUGUUAUAUAGUUGUUGCUAUUAGGAUCUCAAAUUUUGAAAGAGACGGGCAUGGUCUAGGACGAUUCAAUUCAAUUCACACAAAACAGGGAGAGAAAGAAGCUGCCUUUCUCUGCCACUUUAUCUCUCUACUUUCUCUCUCUAAAAACUCCCCUGUACUCCAUCGCCGCGUUUCCCUCGCUCGAUCUCAGCCUUUCUUUUCUACUAGGGUAUGUGCAUAUUUCGAUACGAUUGUGUGUUGUUUUGUGGAUUGAUUCGAGUUGGAUCUGGUGCUCUGGUUUCAUUUUGAAGUUUUAUUUGUCGAAUUUGACGAAGAAUUUGGGAUUUUGUGUGAGUUUGCAAAUUAAGUUCGAGUGAUUGAUUAUGCGUGCAAGCAAAGGGAGGGUUUGCUUAAAGGUUCGUUGAUUCCGUGGUUUUUGAGGUUUGGUAUUCUCAUUUCGGUUUGCGUCCAUUGAAGGGGAUUUUCGCAAGUGGGAAGAGAGAGACAAAGCAAUUGGAUUCUGCAAUUACAAAAUAGAAAAGGCAGAGUUUCAAUAGACAUAUAUGUGUGUGUGUGUGUGUAUGCUCUUUAUGCUCUGUGUCUUUUUGACUUUAUAAUAUCGUUGUGAUUAUUGAACUGAAAAGGGCAAAAAAGUUGGUGGUGAUUGGAAUAAUUAUGUAGUGUGUGUUUCAAUCCUUGUCAGGCUAUUAAAAUUGUUCUGGGUUGAAUGAUUUGGGGAUUGAGUUCAGGCGUGUGUAACUAGAUCAUUUCAGAAUCUGUUUAUUUGAUUGAAUUGGUGUUCUAUUUGACAAUUAGGCUGUGAAAUUCAAAGGGUUUAUAAAGGAUUUUGUUGGCAUUGUUGCGACGGCUCCCUCUACUGAAAUUAGAGGGUGUGAUUGUGUGGCUGGUCUGGAUUGCCUACUGAAUAUUAUCAGGGCCCUCAGGAUGGGGUCCUGCUUGUCUGCUGAAGGCAGGAGUCCUCUCCCCAGUUCUCCUGCCCUGGGGCUGAAGAAGAGGAAGAGCUCAAGGAAAAGACCGGGGUCUCGAAGUUCUUCAUUUGACCAUAGGAGGGAAGAACAGCUGCAUAGAAUUCAGGGCCGAUUGUUCUUGAAUGGGUCUAGCGAAGUCGCGUCACUCUUUACUCAGCAAGGCAGAAAAGGGACCAAUCAAGAUGCUAUGAUUGUUUGGGAGAAUUUUGGUUCAAGGACAGACAGUAUCUUUUGUGGUGUUUUUGAUGGCCACGGUCCCUAUGGUCAUAUGGUUGCAAAGAGAGUGAGAGAUUCUCUGCCCUUGAAAUUAAGUGCACACUGGGAAGUUAAUAUAAAGAGCGAUGAUGUCCUCAAAAAGAUCAACCUUAAUAACACAGGUAGCAUGAACUCUGAAGGUACUUCCUUUGUAUCUUCUGAUGCGGAAUCCAAGGCCUCCAUUGAUGUUGAAGAAAAAGAAAAGCACCCGGAGAUAUUUCAGACACUGAAAGAGUCAUUUCUGAAAGCUUUUAAAGUUAUGGACAAGGAACUGAGAAUGUACACGAAUAUUGAUUGCUUCUGCAGUGGGACUACAGCAGUAAUACUGGUGAAACAGGGUCAGGAUGUUGUGAUUGGAAAUGUUGGUGACUCUAGAGCUGUAUUGGGUACGAGAGAUAAAGAUGAUUCUCUUGUGGCAGUUCAGUUGACGGUGGAUCUAAAACCAAAUCUUCCAGCGGAAGCGGAGAGGAUCCGAAAAUGUAAAGGGCGUGUUUUUUCCCUUCGGGAUGAACCUGAAGUUUCUCGAAUUUGGCUGCCGAACUACGACUCCCCUGGUCUUGCCAUGGCCCGUGCUUUUGGAGAUUUUUGUCUCAAGGAUUUUGGUCUCAUCUCUGUGCCUGAAAUUUCUCAUCGACGUAUUUCGGAGAAGGAUGAGUUUGUAGUCUUGGCUACAGAUGGGAUUUGGGAUGUGCUCUCAAACAAAGAAGUGGUAGACAUUGUAGCUUCUGCCCCAGCACGUUCCAAUGCGGCUAGAGCGGUGGUUGAGUCUGCUGUCCGAGCUUGGAGGUACAAAUACCCAACUUCUAAAGUUGACGACUGUGCUGUGGUUUGCCUCUUCCUUGAUUCGAGUCCAAACAAUUUUUCUACUGCUUCCAAUAUGGUUUCAGUGGAACAAGUUGGCAUUGGCAAUGAGAAGGAAGAUCCCUCUGGCCUUACUGGACUGGAUUGUUCUGGAACUGUUCAAACUGAUAAUGGGGUCAUUUCAGAACAAAGGAAAGACGAAGCCUCAAACCACGAGGAAGAAGUCCAUACCGAGUCAGGGAAAGAUUGGUACGCUCUUGAAGGAGUGUCUCGUAUAAACACACUAUUGACAUUGCCGAGGUUUGUGCCUGGGAAAGAAGACUAGAAUCAGUCUCGGAAAUAAUGAAGGGCAGAUGAUUUAGUUUGGCUUUGAUUUGCUCAUCAAAAUUCCUUUUUUUUUCUUCAUAUUUUUGUUUAGGCUUUUGUCUCUGUUUAUGAUUUCUUGUCUCUACACACUGGGAAAACUAUGUAGGGCCAUUGAUGUUUAUUGUGGUCCAGGGUGGGCCCGGCUAUAUUAGUGUGUCUGGGAAAUCAUCCUCUCUAUCUAGUGUGGGUAGAAUUGGACUUUUGUAGAAUCCAGUUGUCCAUUUUUUUGGCCCCAUUCUUUGUCUUAAAUUUUCUUUAUGAUUUGCUGUUGUUUAUUCUGUUGAUAAUAUUCUGUGGUUA